AUGUGUGUGUCACUCGUCUGGGUUCCCCCGCUCGGGGUCAUCGGAACCAGUUCGCGGCCAAAGUCAAGAAGUGGCGGAAGAAAAAGAACCAAAACACAGACAGGCGCCGUUUGGUGGAAUCCCCUGUCGUCGGAGCAGAAAGCUAAUCGACCGUUCAUGGACGAUCUGGUUGCGGGUCGUCCAGAGCCUCCAGUUAUAGGACCUUCUUCCGGGUCGAUCGGACCUAGCAGUUCUAGUGGAGGACCGUCCGGGAGUCUCGGUUACAGCUACGGACCACCGCCACCGUCACCCUCGAUCUCAGUCAACAGCUACGGGUCGGCCACGUCCGAGUAUGGGCCACCGACGCAAGCCCCGGUCAUACACAAGCACGUGUACGUGCAUGUGCCACCACCGGAGCCGGAGUACCAAACGACCAGGAAACCGAUCGUGGUGCCACCGCCCCAGAAGCACUACAAGAUCGUCUUCAUCAAGGCACCGUCGCCGGCCACGGCCGCCCCGCCCGUCCUGCCGCCGGUCCAGCAGAACGAGGAGAAGACGCUCGUGUACGUGCUGGUGAAGAAGCAGGACGAGCCGGAAGAGAUCGUCAUACCGACGGCGGCACCGACGCCACCCUCGAAGCCGGAGGUCUACUUCAUCCGCUACAAAACACAGCGCGCGUCCGGCGAGCAGGGGAGUAAUGGCGGUGGACCAUAUCCGGAGAGUGGCGUCCCAACGCCCCCGACCGAGUACGGUGCACCGCCGCUACCGAGUCAAAGCCCCAGCAACAGCUACGGCGUACCGCUAUAG